AUAUUAUCAUAAAUAAAAACUGGUCGAGCAUUGGAUUCAGCGAUUCCAGCGAUCCAAUUUGCGGCAACUGUCCAAACAGAAAACUAAUGGCUACUCCAUUUUCCCUUGCUUCUUCUACUUUCUCUCCACUUUCUCGUCCUCCCAACAGAACACCCACUUCCUUCUUUCUCUCAAAAUCCAUUUCUUUUCACAAUUUCUCUAAUCCCACUCGCCAUUUUAGAUACCCCAUCUUGUCUCUUCUUCCCCACAACAAGAAGCUUUCUCAAAUUUCAGCUUCAAUUCACCCAAAACUCCCCAUUUCCUCCAACCCCUUUGCUUCGAUUUGGGAGUCGCUUUUAAUUUUCUCCACUUCGGUGCUCUUGUCCUUUUCUCUGUUUGUUACAGAUGUUGAUCCGGCGGUUGCUUUUGUUGUCACUACACCGAGGAAAUUGCAGACGGAUGAGCUCGCUACAGUUCGUCUUUUUCAGGAGAAUACUCCUUCUGUAGUUUAUAUCACAAAUCUUGCUGCUAGGCAGGAUGCUUUUACUUUAGACGUGUUGGAGGUACCGCAGGGGUCAGGUUCUGGAUUUGUCUGGGAUAAGGAUGGUCAUAUUGUCACUAAUUAUCAUGUAAUUCGUGGUGCUUCUGAUCUCAGAGUCACUCUAGCUGACCAAACUACUUUCGAUGCGAAAGUUGUUGGAUUCGACCAAGACAAGGAUGUUGCUGUCUUGAGUAUUGAUGCACCUAAAGACAAACUAAGACCUAUACCUGUUGGUAUCUCAGCAGAUUUGCUUGUUGGUCAGAAAGUGUUUGCUAUUGGAAACCCUUUUGGACUGGAUCAUACUCUCACGACUGGGGUAAUCAGUGGCCUUCGCAGAGAAAUUAGUUCUGCUGCUACUGGUAGGCCCAUUCAAGAUGUCAUACAGACAGAUGCUGCCAUUAAUCCAGGGAACAGCGGAGGGCCACUUCUCGAUAGUUCGGGGAACCUUAUUGGAAUAAAUACAGCAAUAUAUUCUCCAUCUGGGGCGUCCUCAGGUGUUGGAUUUUCAAUCCCAGUUGACACAGUGAGCGGCAUUGUUGAUCAGUUGGUUCGAUUUGGGAAGGUGACGAGACCAAUUUUAGGAAUCAAGUUUGCUCCUGAUCAGUCUGUCGAACAGUUGGGCGUAAGUGGAGUACUCGUCUUAGAUGCUCCUGCAAAUGGUCCUGCUGGGAAAGCUGGCCUGCAACCGACUAAGCGGGAUGCUUAUGGUAGACUUAUAUUGGGAGACAUAAUAACAUCAGUGAACGGAAAAAAGGUCACGAAUGGAAGCGAUUUGUAUAGAAUUCUUGACCAGUGUAAAGUUGGUGACAAGGUGACUGUGGAGGUGCUACGUGGUGAUCACAUGGAGAAAAUUCCAGUGAUUUUGGAGCCAAAGCCAGAUGAAUCUUGAGCCAAAAAUAGUUUGGGGUUCUUUUUUAUUAUUUUUGUACAUUACAUUAAUCAAUAUUAAUAAGCUGUUUGUAAAUAAUAGUCUAUUCUGGCUGUUACUCUCACCCUUUCUCAAUUAAAUCACACUUAUAAUUCCACUUUUC